GAGGUGAGACGGUGGUUAACGGAUCGAACGCAGCGGCAGGCCCUUUAACGGGAAUGAGAGUCCUGGACUGGACGAUGUGGCAGUUCGGGCCUGUGGCGGCCUAUCGAUGAUGGGUGACAUGGGCGCCGACGUGAUAAAGAUCGAAGCGCUCGACGGGGACGUCGGCAGGGCGGUGGCACGUAUGGAGUCCUCAGAUGCUGGUCUGCCCGCGGGCAGGAACGCCUACUUCGAGACCUGCAACCGGAGCAAGCGCGGCAUCGCGAUCAAUCUCAAGACAGCGGAGGGACGCGAGAUCGCGCACAAGCUGUCGCGGGCGCGGACGGCCGGAUGACAGAACUUCGCAAGGCGUGGCUGAGCG